AUGAUCCCAAAUCCCCUCAAAGAACCCCUUAGAGCGCCUUCUUCCCGCAUGAACCACCUCCUGGGGGCAGCCUGCGUCGUCCACCUCGGCCGCCCGACCUCGUCAAAGGAAUCCAAAGCCUCCGCGAACACGAUGAGUGGGGUUCUUUUGGAGGUUCGAAGGCUCUGGCGGCCCCCUCCCCCUUCCCCCCCGACGGAAUUUCCGAAGGAAACGCCCGGCAACGGUCACGAAGACACCCCUCUUUACGCUUACGUCCGCAUUAAAGAGGUUGAUCAUCGUCUUAGCGGAUGGUUUCCGCUCCGCCAGGUUGAGUUCAAGGACCCCCCACAGCAGGCUUUGGAAAAAGCGGCCUCAAGGCUUGCCAGUGACUGUAUUCAAGAGCCCAUUCUCAGCUCUGUUUACACGGAGGUGACCGCCGGGAUGGCGCGGACGCAACGCGCUAAGAAGGAGCUCAACUACUUCGAAGAACGACUUCUCCGGGAUGGGAUGACGCCGACGACGGUUCGCAACUUCGUUUACCUCAACCGUUUUGUCUUCCGGGCGUGGUAUUACGCCCCUUAUGGGCUGUUACACCCCGCUUACGACCCGGUCGUUCCCCUCCGACUUCACCCCCCUCCUGCAAUACCGAAUCCUUUUAUCAAAGACGCCUUUCUCUGCCCGUUUUCGCUGCGGGUGUUCACGACCUAUGAGCAGAUGUGUUAUGAAACACGCGCGUACCGUGGUGGGCGGCUGCAUCCGCCCGGUUCUGAAAUCUACCGCGAUGAUCGCCGUGGGUUUUCGUUAUUCAUGAUCAACGGCAGUCAACACGUGACGUACUGUCGACAUUUGUUUUGUAUUGGAAAGUCUUUUUUGGAAAAUAAGCUCGCUGGGCAUGACGUGCAUAGCUACUACUUCUACGUCGUCGCCCUUCAUCACGGGCACUUCCCACGCUACGUGGACGACCCCAACGCGAUGUAUUUUGCGGGGUAUUUCACCUGGGAGAAACGGGUGGCGGAGUUUAACCUCGCGUGCAUCCUGACGUUGCCGUGUUUCGCGGGGCGAGGGGAUGGUCGGCUUGCGGGGACUUCUUCUUCGGCUUUUUCGGCGUCCGAUCCUUCGUUUGGGAAGGAGACGACGGGGAAGACGCCGUGCGGCCCGCUUCGUGGGAUCGGGCAGUUUAUGAUCGCCGUGAGCUACGAAUUGGCGUACCGUCGCCAUCAGGUGGGGGGGCCGGAGAGGCCGUUUUCCGACCUCGGCGCGGUCGCCUACACGCGGUUUUGGCGCUGCCGGGUCCUUCGCUGGCUUCACGCGCAGCUCACCGCGGGGGAGCGCGGGCGAUCCCCCACCCCUGCCCCUCGUGUGGAGGAAGGGGGCAAAGGGGUUCUCGGCAAACGCCAGCGACCCCCUUCAUCGGCCGCGCGGCUGUCGAAAAGACGAAACACCAAGGAAACGCCGUUGAACCUCGACAGCGACUCCUCCAGCGAGGAGGAGCGCGCGCACAGGGAGGCGGGCGACGCGCUUCGCUCGGGCGUCAGCAUCGGCGAGAUCGCCCGGGAGAUCGGCCUGGAGGAGGCGGACGUCCUCGAAACGGUGCGGCGGAUGGGGCUUGUUCACUAUAGCGCAGAGCACCGCAACUACUGUUUGAUGAUCCCGCGCGCGUUUGUGGAGUGGGAGGUGGGGCGAUUGGCGAGGUGGGAGUUGAGCACGGAGUGCGCGACGUUUAACCCGGACCUGCUGCGUCUGAAGCCGUCGGCGGGUGCAGGAGGGGUGGGUGGCGGGCAUCGUGCGUAG